UCGCACGCAUAGUCGCGCGCUAAUUUUCACGAUGUACGUUGUUAAGAUAGUUUAUUAUCAAGUCACGAUGGAAUUCGUCGAUCGUGAGCCGGAAGACAACUUGAACAGCGAGGGUAGCCGUAACGAAACUCACGGGAACCAAUCAACCCAGGAUAGAAGGAAAUUAUUGAAACGAACAAGGAGCCUUGCGGUAAUAUCGGAGGACGAAUCGCGUCAGGAACGUGAAACACGACAUUUUCAAUUGGGAGAGUCGACCUAUGAUCUACCCAGAAGGCAUCAAUUGAUACCAAGGGCCAAAUUGAUCGAUCGGAAUUCUCUUAAGGAUAGGCUCUACAAGAGUCAGCAACAUUUGUCAGACUCUUACGACAGAUUCAACGAGAUAAAGUCUGGUUAUUCACGAUCGACAUGCGGACUUCACUCGAUUCCACCUGUUCUCUCUUCUUUACCUAAUCCAUUGGCAUAUGCUCGAACAACAAAUCGUUCUAAUCCGGAUCGCCUCAAUAUUCUCGAUUGGCCCGAACCACCGAGACGUUAUCGAAGUGUACAGACAUUGGAUACGGUCAGCGGAUUGGUGGAUAUUGUCGAAGAUAAUUGGCCCAUCGAAGGCAAUCGUAGUAUCGAUUGUAUCUAUACUCAGGUCAAGCGCAAGCGCAAAGAACAUCGCAGUUUGGAUAGCAUUCUCUUCGAGGACGAAAGCGAGUUGGAAUAUUUCGAUGUAUUAAAUCUUUUACCACUGUCGAACGUACGAUUGGAAUUUGACGAGGAAGACGCAAGGAAUAAUAAUUUCUCUGAUAUAGAAAUAAAAGGGGAUAACGAUGUUACAUGUAUCCGACGGGGACAUAAACGUCAUGAAGAAUUGUCUACGGGGCUCGAGGAGAGGGUGAACGUUAAAUGCAGAAACGUGACGGACGAGGAGAAAUGUAAACGUCACGCUACGACUAAACCGGAAAUUGUUACGAUCGAGAAGGACGAAGUAGAGGAAGAAGAAGAAGAAGAAGGAGAAGAAGGAGGAGAAGAAGAAGAAGAAGAAGAAGAAGAAGAAUUGGAAAAGGAAGAGGAAGAAGGAGAUUUCAAAUCGAGCAAGUGGGAAUCAAAGGGCGAAAUAACGAGAAGUUCGUCGGUUCUUUUAAAGAGACAGGACCGAGGUGAAAAUAGUCCAGAGUCGUUGCAGAAUUUAGAAAACGAGAGAAGCUUGGUGAUUUCAACGUCGACGAAAGACGUUGAACAGGAAAGAAGGAAAGAGGAUAGAUCGUCCUUGUCGUUGAGAGUCGAUCAAGAUAAUCGUAAAUCGGAUGUGACCUUGGUGACAUCUCACGAGGAGAAUAUCAAUCGGAAAUUAGGUGGACGAGAGGAGGAAGAUUCAACGACGAUUUGGAUCUCGGAUAACGACGAACAGGAACAGGAAGAGAUGUCGCGCAGACCGCAGAUCCUUAAAGUGGUCGAUAACGACGUGACGAAGAGACCGCAUCGUCGCUCAGUCGAAAUCGAUAUUCAUGACGAGGAUAUAACGAGGUGUGAGAUAGUACGAGACCUUCGAAAGGAUUAUAAAAAUUCCAAAUAUGAGUCCAAAAUGAAAUCUGACAGAAGCAAAGAGGACGUCGAUGGAAAUUUGACGAUUCAUAACGUUGUCUCUCGAGAGGAGAAACCAGGAUCCGCGAUCGAAAACAUAAAGAACGUGUUCGAGAAUCAUACUUUCGUAAAAGCUGUCGGGAAGACUAAGCAGAUAGAAGGCAGGUUCGAGAGAAUAGUCAAGGAGACGUCUAACAUACUUGGCAAAGCUUGUAACGUGGUAAAGGGUAGCUUAGGUUUCGAGGCUCGAUCAGAAAGUUCCGAUCUUGGCUUGGGUUCCGAGAUCGAAACUGAUACGAGAAGAAGAUCGGUCGACGACGGUGAUCCUUCGAGUAUAAUCCGGAACAAGAACGACGUUAGCUUGUGCAACGAGAACGAUGGGAAAAAAAUAUAUAGCAAUUUAACGAGAUCGAAGAGUUGCGUGGACUCGAUCGAGUCACCGACCGAUACUCAAGAAUUCGAUCACGUUCGUUACAAGAUCGUUAAGUCGAACGUAUUCAGUAAAAAUAUGUAUAGCAGUGCAAGAGGUGACGUCACAUACGACGGUCUUAUGCAAUAUCUCCGCGAGUACUCAUUCCAGGAACUACUUCUGGAUAACAACGUUGUUAUCAUCGAACCAGUACGUGCAGAAACGAUCGAAAGAAAAUCCUCUAAGACGAUUGGAAAGGGAAGAUCAGACGCGAGCGGCAAAGUUCCUGAUACGAUACAAAUUACGACGGAUGAUAGCGAUAAAGAGAAAAAGUCUAAUGAAAAGUGCGAGGGAAAUUGUAAAAUCGUUAAACAAUCCUCGAUCAGGAAACAUUUCUUUUAUCAUCCUAUAAGGGUUAAUCGCGAAUUGAUAGACGAGGAAUUACCCGAUCCCGAUACGGUUAGAAACGUUAGACGUAUGUUCGAGGAUACCUUGAGGAAGAAAAAUUCAAACGAUUUGGCCGCGGAGAGAGAUUGUAAAAAUAGAAAGAGCGUUAGCAUGAAGGAUCUCACUAGUAUCGAUUCGGAAUCUCGUUUCGAGGAGGUACUGGAAAAGGGCGAGGAGAUAUCCAGAUGUUCGAGCCGAGCGAAAGAUUUGACCAGAAUGUUCGAGAGCAUGGAGAAGUCAACGUCCUCGUCUAUUUCAGUAAUCGGAACCAAGGACGAGCCUGACGGUACGAAUCGAAGCGAAUCGAAAACCAGAAUAUUAGCGCAAUCGUUCGAGGCUAGAAGCGGACAUACCUCUCCGUGCGAUUCGAAUUCGUCGAAGAACAAAGUUUCACGGAAUUACCACCAGCAUCAUCAACACCAUCAUAAUCAUAAUUGGGACACUGGGAGUGUUAGUUCGGGUGUUUCCAGUGAUUAUCCCGACACGGAUCCUGGUAGUGGAGUUCAGUGUACGUCCUCGGAGGACGAAGAUUGCCAUUACGACGACGAUGGUUUAGACGAAAGUGGGCCAGGCCAUUACGUGUCUCAGGACGUUUUGAAGAAAAUACGUGAAUGUGGUACCUCGGUAACCUAUUACGGUGGCAAAGUAGUAAACACAUGUAACGGACCAAUCGUAUCGCCUUCGAUCGAAAACAGAUUCAAAAGAAUCGAUCGGACGACCAACGAUUACGUUAAAUUUAAACUCGUAAAGAGCAACUCCUGCGACAGUCGGCUCGAACUUACCGGUAGGCUCGUAGAAAGACAAUCCAAAGUUACCAAUCGAGAUGUGACCCCUGAUCUGAGACAAUAUACGAUAGUUGAGACGCCAAGCAUCGAGAUUACUAGUAUUGACACUAAGGAUAAGGACGAGGAAAAGAUUAGAGAGAAGAAAGAUCGUACGGAAACGAAGAGAGAACCACCUGUCGUUAUUGGAUUGGAACCAAAAAAGGAUGAGCAAAGGGAUACGGCGAAACUCUUCAAGGCCGAUUUCAAGAUAGGAAAUUACGAAGAUACUAAAUCCACUUAUCACGCUAGAUUUAACGAGAGUGCUCUGACGAGGUGGCAGGUGAACGAGAAUCAUUUGAAGAAUGGAAGUGAUUUUGGAAAGAUGGAGUUUGAAGAGUUCGAGGUACUCGAAGAUAGUCUAAAUGGAAUGGAUAAUCAAAGUCAACGUUUCGAGGCCUCUUGAGAUAUACGGGCUCGGCAAUAUUUUUCAUAGAUCAAUCUUCUUUUCCUUAUUCGAAGGAGGUGUGUCUAUGAUUGAAAAAAAGAAAAAAAAAAGAAAAAAAAAGGAAAAAGGUAAAAGAAAAAUUUGAUGCUUGUUCUUUUAUAAAAUUAUAUGUGUGAAAAGAAAAGGAGGAGGAAAAAAAAGAAAAGAAAAUAUAUGUAUAUUUAAAACGUGUCCUUGACAUUUUCGUUGUGAGAAAAAAGAAAAGAAAGAAAGAAAAGGAAAAAAGAAAAAGAAAAAGGAAAAAAAAAACAGGAAAAACCGUUUUUGCUCUCGCGUAAGUAAGCCUAUAAUGUAUGAUAUUUAGUUAUUGCUAAAUUAUCAAAUUCGAAUAAAUUUUCAUGGUUAACACGAAUUAUAAAAAUUUAUAUCAACGUAAAGUGUACUAUAAAACAUUAGAGCCAACAUCGAACAAACUAUCGUCGAAUUGACGACGAACGAUUAGCAUAUUUAUUGUGGCGAUUAAAAUGCCGUCCAAACCACCCUAACUCUCUCGUUAUAUAUCAUAAUACAAGUUUAAUAUCCUUUUAGUAUAUCUUAAUUAAAACUAGCGCUAGUCCUAAUGGUAAUCACUGUAAUAAAAAUUUCACAUUUCUCGUGUCUACGCAAUGGUAUUAAAUUAUCGAGUUUUCUC